AUGCCGGGCUUCUCCCGCCCCGGGGCUCUGCGGCCGCAGAGCGAAAGAAAUUUCUUUAUUGUCACUGGGCUUCCGGAACACUUCAAUUGGCAAAAGCUAAAGGACCUCAUCCGUGAUGCCACGACCAACGAACCCGGUUGGACGAAUAUAGACGAGUCUUGGCAUGGUCCUGAAGGCGCCAAAGGCUAUUUCAGCGUCAAGUCCCAGCAGGAUGCGGACAAUGUUUACGACCUACUAGUAAGAGUCAUGUACGCUCGCCUCGGGCGGUCGCUACUAGUCCAUCACUUCGACGCCUCAAGCCCGGAACCCGUCCUGGUCAAGUGCAACUGCCGGAGCUAUUAUCCUGGCGCGGCUGGCCACUCGGACCAUAGAUCUCGCAUAACGGCCAGAUCUGUGUUGGCGGCACAGAACAUUCCGGACUGGCAGCCCAUUGCACCGGUGCCGUUUGUGACAAUCCCAAUGCAACACCCUAGCAUGACGGUGCCCAUCUCGGUGCCGCAGAUGCCCAUGUAUGCUCCGCCGGUGACGUACUACCAAGCAGCACCGCCGAUGGUAGCGCCCAUUAGCCCGGCGCUGGCAAUGACCAACGAGCACGGCCUCCCCAUCAAUUCCAUGAAGGGCGUGGUCCGCACGGAAUCGCGUGGGCUGCACAUCUCCGGGCUGACCUGGAACGCAUCCGAGUCGGAGCUGCGCGAACUGCUCCGGCCCUACGGGCGCCCGCUGGGCAUGGACCUGAAGCGAGGCUACGCCACGGUGCGGUUUGGGACGACGGAAGAGGUUAGACGGGCGAUUGAGAGCCUGGACAAGCGGACGUGGAAGGGAAGGCAGAUUGCGGUGAAGGAGGACCGGGACUCGACGGCGGUCUCAGAGCCGGUGAUUGUCAGAAGCGCGCCGCAGCAGGUGAGUGCGGCGCAUGCGUCACCGACAGCCUGA